AUGUCUGCCGCUCCCACUGCACCUGCUGCUGUCCAGCCUGCUGCCGUCCAGCCUGCUACCGUCCAUCCUGCUGCUGCUGCCCAUCCCGCUGGUGUCCAGCCCGUGGUUCCUCAACCCCCUGGCCACGGCACCCCCGCCGAUCGUUGCCCUCAGUUUAUGACUGCGCCCGCCUACGCGGCCGCAUUGAUCGCCCAAUACGAGCGCGGCGUCGCCAACUACAAGUCGUCCAUCGACCUCGUCAAACCAAAGCUCGCGAGCACCCGUAGCAUGCUCGUCGGGCUGGGCUACGAUUGGAAGAAGGAGUGCCUCAAUCCCCUUGUCCCUCUGACUAAUGACAUCAUCAAUGAGAUCAACAAUAUGACCCGUUACAAGUUUUAUCUUGAGAGGGACAAGCUCAUAGUCAAGCUUUUCAAUAAGGCUUUGAAGAAUGCCCAGAAGAAGGAGGAGGCGAGGUUGCAGGAGCAGGAUAGGGUUAGGGAGGAGGCAAGGUUACAGGAAGAGGAUAGGGUUAGGGAGGAGGCGAGGUUGCAGGAGGAGGAGGAGAGGGUUAGGGAGGUGGAGAGGCUGGGGCGUGAAGCUUUGGCCGCCAGCGCUACGGCGGGGCAGAUGAGGAGGGUUCUGAGGAGAGCGCCUGUUAGGCGUUGA